AUGGGCAUAGGUAGAAAGAGGUCAGUGAAAGACCCAGAAGCGGGUUUUGGAGAAAAUGAUGGGGGUGGUGAUAGAGGUAGAAAGAAAUGCCAAAUGGGUUCUGAGAAUCGGACUGGGAGUGAUGAGAAAUGGGGUCCAAUGGGUCUGGGGAAUGAGAAAGUUUAUGUCUUUAGUGAGUUGGAUUACUUGCUUGAUCUAUCUUAUUGA